GAAGAACAUUUCAACAAGUGGACGUAUUAAAAUAAGAAAAAAGCAAUCGGAAAAAUGAAACUAAUUUCAAUAUUAAUUGUUGGUGUUAUUUUGACACUAAAUACAAUUCCAGCUAAAGCAGAUGACUCUAGUACAGACGAACUAACACUGCGUAAUCAAUUAUUUGCCGAUGUUUUUCUCUUAAAAGAGGGAGUAGAUCAUCUACAAAUUUCCAUAGAAGUUUUGAAUAAAAGAUACAACAAUCAAAUGGAUAUUCUGAAAGGUUUGCAAAGCAAAUUUCUAUUGAAUGAUUCUGAAGAGGAGGAUGGCGUGUGCGACAGAAUCACCGGUUUGUUUAAUUCCACCUUUAGAAAGUACAAUGCCUUUGAAAGUCGCAUGGUGUCAAAGUUGGAAGAGAUACAGGACAAUCAAUCAACACGUUUGGAUGAGAUAUUGUCCAAGCAAAAACUAAACAGAAAUUGUGGCUCCAAAAGUGACUCCUCCACUGCUGUGUCUCUUAUGUCUGAAACACUAUCAGAAGUUGGUGAGAAAAUCGACAAGUUUGAGGAACAGUUUGUGAAAUUGGAAACAUUAGAGGCAAAAUUUAAUUUACAGCAAACAAAAUUAGAUAAAUUUAUGGAAAAUCAAUUGAAAGUUUUGCAAGAAAUCAAUGAGAAAUUGUCCAAAAAUGAUCAACAAUUUGAUAAGUUAGGCCAGGAGAUGACAAACCUUAAAGAACUCAAAAAUAAUGUAAAUCAGGUAAUGGCGCAUCCACGACCCAAAUUGCCAAUGGAAGUAAUUUUAGGUUUAAGUUCGGCCAAUAUAACAUCAUUGAAAUGAAUUUUAUUGUUUGCUCGAGUAAAAUAAUCAAAAUGUAUGUAUUUAUGUGUAUAUAGAAAUAAGAAUAAACGAAAUGUAUUAAUUAUAAAA